CAACAACUUAGUUCCAACCUCACCUUUAAAUCAUUCCCUCAAUCUUAGAACAUUCACACCCCAAAUCAGCUACCAUACACUUCAGUUUAUCACACCCCUCUAGCUCCAAUCACCCUCAUCUGAUUUAACUCUCACCUUGACAAUACGGAGAAUUUGAAGCAAGGGGCUUUAGUAGAGUUGGAAAAGGUAUUAUCUCACUGGAGAAUGAAUGGGAAAAAGGGGAAUUGCUGCAUUCAGAUCAAUAUCCCUUCAUCGGCUACCAAAGCUGGCAAGAAGUCCGGUGGGAAUGGCUUCUCAUGUAAGGCCUGGAUUUGGGAUGUAUGGGAGUUUUGCAAAGAAGACAGCAACAGGGUGCUAUUCUCAUUCAAAGUUGGCCUAGCUGUUCUUCUUGUAUCUUUGCUUAUACUAUUCGAAGCACCUUAUGUAGUAUUUGGCACCAACAUCAUCUGGUCUAUCCUUACGGUUGCCAUCAUGUUCGAAUAUACAGUCGGUGCAACAUUCAAUCGAGGAUUCAACCGGGCACUUGGAAGCUUGCUUGCUGGAAUUUUGGCUAUUAUUGUUGCUCAGUUUGCCAUACGUGCUGGCCGGAUUGCUGAGCCUUUUAUAAUUGGCGCCAGCAUUUUUCUGAUUGGGACUCUUACAUCAUUCAUAAAACAAUGGCCAUCAUUUGUGCCAUAUGAGUACGGAUUCAGGGUCGUACUUUUCACCUUCUGCUUGAUCAUCGUUUCUGGUUACCGCGUGGGAAACCCAAUUAAGACUUCCAUGGAUCGCCUCUACUCAAUAGCCAUUGGAGGGUUUGUAGCUGUGUUUGUGAAUGUGCUUGUUUUUCCUAUGUGGGCAGGAGAGCAGUUACACCAGGAGCUAGUCAAAGGUUUCAAUGCAGUGGCUGACUCACUUGAAGAAUGUGUGAAGAAAUAUUUAGAAGAUGAGGAAUCAGAGCAUCCAGAAUUCACAAAAAAUGUAAUGGAUGACUUUCCAGAUGAACCUGCUUACAAGAAAUGCAGAACCACCCUGAACUCCGCAGCAAAACUAGAGUCCUUGGCUGGUGCAGCAAAAUGGGAGCCACCACAUGGGAGGUUCAGACACUUCUUCUAUCCAUGGUCAGAGUACGUGAAAGUUGGAGCAGUUUUACGAUACUGUGCUUAUGAGGUUAUGGCUCUCCAUGGUGUUCUACACUCUGAAAUUCAGGCACCGUACAAUCUCCGAAGCACAUUCGGGUCUGAAAUCCGAGAGGCCGCAAACCAGGCUGCAAAACUGGUAAAGAGCUUAGGCGAAGACAUACGAGUCAUGAAACGAAGCCAAAAAAACCCUUUAAUAAAAAAAGUUCACAGCUCAACAGAGAAACUCCAACGAGCCAUAGAUACUCACUCUUACCUCCUCACAUCCAUUAGUGAGACACCAGAUACUUUUUCCAGGCCAUCAUUACCUAGUAAGCUCUCUUUGAGUUUGUCAUCCACACCCUAUGACUUCUCAAGCCAGUUGGCCAAUCUUGACAGCAACAACCAAGAAAAAGAUUCAAAUCCCACAACCCAAAACAUUCCCCUAGGGACUCUCCCACUGCCAAGGACUGAGUCUUAUCAUGAAACAAUGAGGAAGCAUUCAAGAAGGCUGCAUUCAUGGCCAUCUAGAGAGGUUGAUGCUUUUGAAGAAGAGGGAAGUUCGAAUACAGACCUAUUGCCCAGGAUGGCUGCAUUGGAGAGCACUGCAGCAUUGUCACUAGCCACCUUUACUUCCUUGCUUAUUGAGUUUGUGGCUAGGGUUGAUCACUUGGUUGAGGUUGUUGAUAAGCUUUCUAAGAUGGCCAAGUUCAAGCAUGAAGUGUCGUAGAUUAAUGGAGAGGGGUCUACAUAUACAGAUUUUGAUAUGGAUGGGAAUAAUGUAACAAACCUAAUGAAAAAAAAAAAAAAA